GUCAGCAGACACGCCCAUUACUUCCAUCUUAGCCAUGUGGCUAUGACCACAAACGACUGCGCGUCCGAUCCGUUUGUUUAUGCCGUCUAACCAAUAUUGUGCAUGUUCAGACCGCGAGCAAAAUGUCCGAGUCCGUGUCCCGGUUUCAGGCAGAGGUGGCGGCCGUUCUGGAGGUGCUGCUGAAGGUGGCCGUGGUGGAGAUAACGAAAGUUUUCGAAGGACGCUCUGUGGAUUCCCAUGGCUGCACGGUCGACGGAGGAGCUCGGGGAAAAGAGGAGCUGGAUUGCGUCCCUGACAUCAGGGCUCAUAUGAAAAGUGCAUUGAAUAACCUCUCGGAGAAGAUGGUUUGCAGCGUCGGCGUGCAAGUAGGAGAAACGCUGCUGACCCGUCCACAGGAUGAGUGUGUGUCCACUGAGAGGAUCAGCUGCAAUCUGCAGGAAUCCAAAAGAGAGGAGGGGCUUUCCCCAUCUGAAAGUCUCUGCAAGGAGCCUCCAGAAGCAGUGGAUUUACAAUGCAUGGUUGACCUUCCAUGCACAAUCCUCAAAGAAACCGGGAUUGGUGUAGGGAGAGGAAACCUAAUUCCUGACGCACCGUGGACAGAUGAUCUAAAGAAAACAGAGACCAUUCAGGAAAAUGGUCUUCGAGGACUUUCUCUUGAGGAACCGUCUGCACACUCUAUAGUGGAUCCAGACUCUCAUCUGUUCAGCUCUGUUUUAGACAGCAUUCCCAUUGCUGACCUUUCCACUGACACUUUGAGCCAAUGGGACCUUAGCCUUGUGGAUGUCAAUCCUUUGCCCUCACUUGAAAAACCUGAAGCUCCUCAUACCAGCGAAAUGUCAUUGGAGGACACUGAGCUCAGCCAGGCCUCGGCCAGCAGUGCCGCGAGUGGAAAGAAGGUGCGUUUCCAGCUCACCCAAACACCUUUCGACUGCAAACUUUUAAGGCCCUGUUCUGUGCAGCUUGUGAACCUUCUGAUGGUGUCCAGCGCGCACAAGGCAAACGGUUCCAGCAAAAAAUGCUUCUCCGCACCCAAAGAUCUACGUACGCAUCAGCGGGUCCAUACGGGACGCAGACUAUGCUGCUUUAAAGAGUGCGGAAAUGGCAUUUGGCGCCUGCAGGGCGUCCUCGCUCACGGGCAUCCUCACGCCUGCAAGAUCUGCGGCAAGAAGUUCAAACGCAAAAAGAUGCUCAAGCGGCACGAGCGGUUCCACACAGGAGAAAAGCCGUAUUCGUGCAGGAGGUGUAAAAAGACGUUUGCCCUGCGGAAGAGUCUACGAAGGCACGAACGUUUCCACACGGGAGAAAGGCCCCACACUUGCCCCCACUGCAGGAAAGCUUUCCGCCUCAAGAACAAUCUGAAGGCUCAUCUGCGCUUCCACACCGGUGAAAAGCCCUACAUUUGCAACCUCUGCUCCAAGGGUUUCAGGAUCCGCAAGAAUCUGGAGAAGCACAGACUCCUUCACUUAGCGCCGGUUAACUUUCGAACUCUUCAAUAGCAGAAGGGUCACGUGAUCACAUUUCUACCUCGCAUCAGAACCACUGGAUCCCAAACAGCACAGAGUUUAAAGCACUGGCGAUUAGGUGACUUAUUUAGUGUGUUUCCACUUUUUGUCUUCAGGAGUGUUUGUGGAGAGUUGCUCCUCACACCGUCUAUGCUAGUUGUGAGUUGUUCAUGUCUUUUGAAGAAUUGUUUCAUGUCACUAAGCAUUAAGUGUCCAGGGCAUUAAAGAGCCCAUCCUGCAGUUCACCGCAAACAGACUUGACUGAUUUCUGCUCGAUGUAAAUAUUCUGUAAUAAUCGUAGCUCUAGAAUGCUUUUUAAACUUUACAACUUUUAUAAUCUGGACCUUUUAACAUGUCUGUCUGGCUUCUUGCAACAUGGUUUACAUGUUGUUGAACACUGGAGAUGGUUGAGAUUUGGCUUUGUAUGUCUUUUGUAUGUACUUUGAAGAGAUUCUUAAAUUGGACUUUUUUAGCACGCUUUCAUUUCUCAAAACAAAAAGAGAAAAGUGCUUUUCGUAACUCUUUUCAAACAUUAUAUACUCAUUAUUAUAGCUUUUACAUGCGUUUUCUAACUGUUGUUUCUGUGUUUGGACCAAGCAGCUUUUUUUAAUCUCAAGUUUUCAAAGAUUAUUUGUUCUAUCCUUUGUGUUUCUUAUAAUCCAUCUAUGCUUUCUUGAUUACAUGCUUUAGUUUGAUAUAAAGAAAAACCUUAGUGACAGAUUUGUGGAUUUAUAGCAUGUGAGUUUAUAAAGAAGAAAAAAGCAUUUAUUAUAUACAUCCUGUUUUGCCAUUCCACAUAGCCAUUAUGAAAAGACAAGUUUUUUUUUUUUUCUUUCUAAUAAACGAAUAACCAUAUGGUUCAUAAAGU